GUACGUGCUCGCCACAGUCGUGGAAUUUUCCCCCGCGCCGCGCUCUUCAACCUCCUCGCCCUUCCUCCGAUCAACAACUACCGAACCACCCAACCGCCGCGCCCGCGUCCGCCCACCCAUCAUCCCAUGCCUCCCCGCCUCCGCCUUGUACUUUUCCGCCGCCUCUUCUCCACCGCCACGCUGUCUCCCGCGCCGAAGCCCACGGACCCCGCGCUGCUGCUCCGCCUCUGCACGAUCCUCUACCAGCAACAGCUCGCGCCGGACGACGCCCUGCAGCGCCGCCUCUCCGCGCUGCCGCUCCCCACCGCGCCCGCCGACCUCCGCGAGCUCUUCCUCCAGGCAUCCGCGCGGUUCCAGUUCUCCUGGCGCCCCGUGCAACGCCUCCUCGCGCACCUCUCCGCCCGCCACGGCGAGUUCGAGCACUCCCCCGCCACCGCCGCCCGUCUCCUCGACGUCCUCGCCAAGUCCGGCAACAUCGACCUCCUCCACUCCACUCUUUUCUCCCUGCCCCGUGGGCUCCUCUCCGCCGCGGCACUCCGCGCCGCGGUGCGGGGACUCGCCCCCGCCCGCGAGGUUGGGAAGGUCGCCGCCAUCGUGACGCUCUUCCCCGAGUGCCACCGCGCCCGGGUCCUGACGUUCGUCACCGACAUCGCGUGCUCGGUCUGCAGGCUGCCCGACGUGGCGGAGAAGGUGAUUAGGCGGGCCGAGCACCGGAACGGCGUCGCGCGCACCGCGAGGUGCUGCGAGCUGCUGGUCGUCGCGUACUGCCGCGCUGGGUCGCUCGCGGACGCGUGCAGGGUGUGGAACGGCAUGGGGAUUGGCGGGCUGGAGCCGGGCGCUGCGGCGUACGAGGAGAUCGUGGUGACGAUGUUCAAGAACAACCGCGUCGCGGACGCCAUGCAGGUGUUCGACGGAAUGCGGAGGAGCGGAGUACCGGAUGACGGAGGCGGGUGCUGCCGCGCGGUGGUGUCGUGGUUGUGCAAGGAAGGGAGGGUGUGGGGCGCGUACAUGGUGUUCGCCGAAAUGGUGAAGAGAGGUGUGGACGUGGACGGUGAGGUGCUGGGGGAUUUGGUGUAUGGGCUGAUGGCGAGGAGAAGGGUGAGGGAAGGAUACAGGGUGUUCCAUGGUGCUAAGGAGAAGGAUAUUGCGCUGUAUCAUGGGUUGAUGAAGGGUUUGCUGAGGAUCAAACGGGCAGGGGAGGCGACCGAGGUGUUCCGGGAGAUGAUCGCCAAGGGAUGUGAACCUAACAUGCACACUUACAUCAUGUUGCUUCAGGGACACUUGGGGAAGAGGGGCCGGAAGGGGAGGGAUCCAUUGGUGAAUUUUGAGAGCAUAUUUGUUGGCGGCUUGGUGAAAGCCGGGAGGACAUUGGAGGCGACCAAGUUUGUCGAGAGGACGAUGUGGGGUGGGGUGGAUGUGCCAAGGUUCGAUUAUAACAAGUUCUUGCACUACUUCUCCAAUGAGGAGGGGGUGGUGAUGUUUGAGGAAGUGGGCAAGAGACUGAAGGAGGUGGGAAUGAUUGACCUUGGGGACAUUUUGUUAACCUAUGGUGAGCGGAUGGCCACCAGGGAUAGGAGGAGUAGAGCAAUGAACGGACUUCUGAAACCGGUUCAAGAUGUUAGCUGCCAGUCGUCAUCUCAGGUCUGCUAGGAGUUUGUGCUAUUUUUCCAGAAGGUACAUCCACUUAUCUUUCUGAAAAGGUCACACCCUUUGUUGAGAGCAAUGUCUAAUACUCAGAGAUCAUGUGUUCAUCCUACAACUGGCAACUGGCAUCAUGCUAGCAAAAUACUAAUUUACACAGUGAUCAGGUACAUCCAGCUGAGCAAUGCAACCUAUUCUUCAAAGCUUGUGUUCAGUCCUCAAUUACCAAACAAAAAUUAUUCGUGACAAAUUUUGUACCUAUAGAAAGUAAUAAACAAUACAAGAUCAUGUGUCAGCUUUGCUACAGAAGUCCAGUUGCCACUUUUGACUUUUAAGACCGACAGUAAGUAGGCUUUAUACCUGACAAUGGACUGUGGACAGGCACUCAAAUAUCCCUCUCUCUUACCCAACUUUCAUUUGAAGCCACAAGCAAGGGAGCAAGGGUUCUAACCUGAUGUUUUCUCUCAUCCAUCUCUCGUUUGCGGUACAAGAACCUUUCUAGCCUUUUUUUCUGUUCAUUUUCUCUUUGUCGAUCUUAUGCUAAACUGUUUGGGAGAUGGAGCAUGCUGUUGUCAGUGCUGCUGAAGGUUCCGUCCAUACUCUACUGCAAUACUUGAAGGAAGAGCUGGAGAGCAUGACGACCUUCCUUCAGGACCUUUCUGAGAAAGAUGAACACCACAGGCAAGUUAAGUUAUGGAUGAAGCAAGUGCGAGAGGUUGCUUACGAUGUUGAGGAUUGUAUUGAUAAUUCAAACACCACCCUGGCAACAACAGCAACUAUGGCAAAGGUGGUUCUGCAGCAUUUUUCCAUAGGAUCACCCAGUUAUUGCGGACAAAGCACCCUGGCAACAACAGCAACUAUGGCAGAGAUGGUUAUGCAGCGUAUGCUAUAUUUCUGCAAACUUCAGCAGACUAGUUAAAUUUCACUCUUCAUAUCUUAUAUAUUUUUUAUUUGUAACGGUUGUUUCUUGCAACGACGUUAUUCCAACGGCUUGUAAGAGCAGUUACCACACGAGUACAUAUGUUGUAAGAACAGUUACCAUAUAAGCACGCAUAUUGUAAGAAUUUGUAAGAGCGGUUACCACAUGGGCACACACAUU